AUGACUGGAACCGGUAAAACAUCUGAAGAAGAAUUUUACAAGGUAUAUGGUCUGGAGGUUAUCCAGAUCCCAACUCACCGUGAUGUCGCGCGUAUUGAUCAGCAAGAUCUCAUCUACCAAACACGUGUUGGUAAAUACAAAGCCCUGGCAAAGCGUGUUCGCGCUCUGUAUGACAAGGGUCAGCCAGUGCUCAUCGGUACGGUAUCUAUCGAGGAUAACGAAGUUAUCUCAAGUUAUCUCAAAAACGAAGGCAUCCCACACGAAGUCCUCAACGCUAAAAACCAUGACCGUGAAGCAGAAAUCAUCGCCCAGGCAGGACGUGUUAAAUCAGUUGUGGUAGCGACGAACAUGGCAGGACGUGGAGUGGAUAUUAAACUUGGUGGGGUACCUUUUAAUCAGGAGUCUUAUGAACAUGUUAAAUCUCUCGGAGGAUUGUAUGUAAUCGGAACCGAGCGUCAUGAGGCACGCCGUAUUGACAAUCAGCUCCGCGGGCGUAGUGGACGACAAGGAGAUCCAGGAGAGACACAGUUUUAUGUAUCACUCGAGGACGAUCUCGUACGUGUAUUCGGAGGAGACAGGGUGGCAGGUAUGAUUGGUAAAAUGGGACUUCCAGAGGAUGAAGCCAUCCAGCACAGCUUUAUCAGUAAGCAACUCGAAGGAGCUCAAGCAAAAAUUGAAGGAUUCCAUUUCGAUGGACGUAAAAACACACUCUCAUACGAUGAUGUUCUCUCGACGCAGCGUAACUCAGUGUAUGAUCGUCGUCGUAAAAUUCUCUCUGGGGAUCAGGAAUAUAUUGCUUCAGUACAAAACAGUUUAGUAGAGCGUCUGCAUGAUGAUGAAAAAUCUUUAUUCCAAAGUAAACAAGAAAUUCUGGGAACAGAAAUGUGGAACAAUGUAUUUCUCCAGGUUAUCCUCUCGACACUUGACCGUCUGUGGAUGGAUCAUCUCGACGCCAUGGAACAUGCACGGUCGUCAGUAAACUUGCGUAGUUAUGCUCAGCGUGACCCGCUGGUAGAGUAUAAACGCGAAGGACUCCAGAUGUUCCGCACACUCGAGGAGAAUUUACUCAGUCAGGUAGCACACAUCAUGACUCACUUGGAUACUGAUGCGAUACUGGGUAAUACUCAAGUAGUAGCUGCAUCACCCAUGGAACAAGUAAUUGGAAAUAUUGGUCAAGCAAGUGGUAAAAAAUAUGGAGUCAAUGAGCGAGUGAUAAUUGUAAAGGGAAGUGAAGAAAUGGAGAUAAAGUAUAAAAAAGUUGACCAGUAUUUAGCUGAUGGGUGGACGAUAAAGGAAUAA